UUCUAGCCCGCUCAGUCGAAAAUCGUUGCUAAUCGAAGCCAAAAGGCUCUAACUACAAAUUAAGAAAACAAAAAUACGUUUUUUGCGAAUUUUUAUUAUAACGAACGAAAAAUAAUAAGCAUAUAAUAUACAUAGAUACAGAUAAUCGUACCCCAAGUCGUGGUUAGAGCUCAGUUUGAUUGCAAUCCGAAAGGGAAUAUCCUCAAUAUACCUCAAAUCCGAGUACAACAACAAGCAAGAACAAAAACAACAAAUACAGUCGCAGAAUGCCCCUACAACCGAUCGAGUCCCCCAAAUGCCCGCGCUGCGGCAAGAGCGUAUACGCCGCUGAGGAGCGCCUGGCUGGCGGCUAUGUAUUCCACAAGAAUUGCUUCAAAUGCUCCAUGUGCAACAAAUCCUUGGACUCGACCAAUUGCUCAGAGCACGAUCGGGAGCUGUACUGCAAGGUGUGCCACGGACGCAAAUAUGGGCCGAAGGGCUACGGCUUCGGCACCGGCGCCGGCACACUCUCCAUGGACAAUGGCGCACAGUUCCAGAACGGCGAUGUGGUGAGGAACGGUGCUCGGCUUGAGCCACGCGCCAUUGCCAGGGCGCCGGAGGGCGAGGGCUGCCCCAGAUGCGGCGGCUAUGUCUAUGCCGCCGAACAGAUGCUGGCCCGCGGACGCGCCUGGCACAAGGAGUGCUUCAAGUGCGGCACCUGCAAGAAGGGCCUCGACUCGAUCCUGUGCUGCGAGGCGCCCGACAAGAACAUCUACUGCAAGGGCUGCUAUGCCAAGCAGUUCGGACCCAAGGGCUAUGGCUAUGGCCAGGGCGGCGGCGCUCUCCAGUCGGAUUGCUAUGCCACCGAGGAUGGUGCACCAUCGAUGCGUGCCGCCAUCGAGGUGGACAGGAUUAAGGCACGUCCCGGCGAGGGUUGUCCGCGCUGCGGCGGCGCCGUCUUUGCCGCCGAGCAGAAGCUGUCCAAGGGCCGUGAGUGGCACAAGAAGUGCUACAACUGCAAAGACUGCCACAGGACUCUGGACUCGAUCAAUGCCAGCGAUGGCCCCGAUGGCGAUGUUUACUGCAGGACCUGCUACGGCAAGAAGUGGGGCCCACACGGCUAUGGCUUUGCCUGCGGCUCUGGUUUCCUGCAGACGGAUGGCUUGACCGAGGAACAGAUCAGCUCAAGUCGCCCGUUCAUCAAUCCGGAUACCACCUCGAUCAAGGCGCCCGAAGGCGAGGGCUGCCCACGCUGCGGCGGCGCCGUCUUUGCCGCCGAGCAGCAGCUCUCCAAGGGCAAGAUGUGGCACAAAAAGUGCUACAAUUGCACCGAUUGCCAUCGUCCACUCGACUCGGUGCUGGCCUGCGAUGGCCCCGAUGGCGACAUUUACUGCAAGGCCUGCUACGGCAAGCGGUAUGGCCCCAAGGGCUUUGGCUAUGGCCAUGCCCCCACCCUGGUCUCCACCAGCGGCGAGUCCACCAUCCAGUUUCCCGAUGGCGGUCCACUGAACGGCCAAAAGACGUCCGGCGGUUGUCCACGCUGCGGCUUUGCCGUCUUUGCCGCCGAACAGAUGAUCAGCAAGAGUCGCAUUUGGCACAAGCGCUGCUUCUACUGCUCCGAUUGCCGCAAGUCUCUCGACUCUACGAACCUCAAUGACGGACCCGAUGGCGACAUCUACUGCCGCUCCUGCUACAGCCGCAAUUUCGGACCCAAGGGCGUGGGCUACGGCCUCGGCGCGGGCGCUUUGACAACGUUCUAAAUGCCUUUCAAAAUACCCUUAAAUUACCCAAUAAUCCAAUAUUAUCCAGCAACAAUCGUUCCGAUUUACCAUAUUUGUUUUAAUCUAUCCCAAGAAAGAAAGAAAAAGGUGUAAAACUCUUCACUUAACUCCAUCCGCAAUGCUAGCUAACGUAGUCUUCGGUUUCCAACGAUUUUUUGAUUGAACGAAAUGCAGAAACUGCUAACGUUUUUGUCUUAGGUUAUGUGAGAAAUAAGCUUUAUGGAACAACAAAAAACAGAAAUGAAAAAAAUUUCACACAAAAAAAAGAAUAAAAGAAAUUUAAGAAAACCACAAAAAAAAAUAUAUAUAUAUUGAAGUUGAAAACUUACGAGAGAAAAGCUUAAAAGAAAUAAUACGAAAUUAACUAUCGAACGCCAACUAACGAAUCAAGCGACAACGGCACAGGCAAAGGCAUAAUAUAAACAAAGAUCAUAAAUUUUGAAACAUUUAUUAUAAUUAUUAUAAUAGAAACAUAAAUGAAAUGCAGGCUAACAGAGAGCUACAGUUGCAGCUAAAAUUUCGAAUAGGCAACUGUACCGCACUGAGACUUACAGAGAUCGAAGUGUAGAAAGAGAACUGCAGUCGCUUUUUUUUUAAAUAUUAUUAUUAUCUAUUUCGAAAAUGCUCCAAUAUAAAAGCAGAGAUAUACUAUAGAGCUAUUGCUCCUAUGCUAAUGAUUAUGAUAAUUGAUAAAUGAAAAUGAUGAUGAUGAUGAUAUAUUUAUGUAUAUUUAGCUUAUUUAGUUUAUAUGUUAUAAGUACUUUCGAAAUCUUGAUGAUAUUUUUUUUUUUUCCAAUUAUUCGGUUUGAUUUUUCUCUAAUUCUAAUUCUAAUCCAUGAGCAAUGUUUGGACUCGCUCUAUAUACAAUACGCACACACAAACACAUUAUAACAUCCAAUAAUAUAUGCCCCAGUGGGUUCCAUGGAAACAAA